GAUUGCGGAAGGCGGCAAGCACGACUUCGAAGAUCCAUGCGGCCAAGUCAUGAUGUAGACCUCUGUGGCCCGGGUUACGUUGCCUUACGUCCUUACCUGCGCCUGCCCUGCGGAUACUACCGAUCGUUUUUGACGUAGCCCCGUGUGCAUUUUUCCAUUAUCUACAUGUACCUCUUGCGAUCUACGUUCCCUCUCUCAGUCUCUCCCGUCCCUUCAUUCCACCGACGUCCAGACCCAGUGUCACCAAAACAGCGCUCGACAGAGUGUUAGCAUCGUUACUCCACCCGGACCGUAAAUGCUACUGUUCGUUGAUACCUUUUUCCACCAAUUCUGCGGGUCUUGCGAGUCCGACUCCGACUAAAUCUAAGCCAUGGCCGUCUUGAACACAAACACGGCUGAAAAGCACUACGACGUGAAGCAUGGCUUGGAUGAUGACGGAUCAGGUAGCGGCUUUGCUCCCUCGCCAGAUGCCGCAGAAACUGGUGGACGCAGGAAGGAUUUUACCAAGAUGAACCGCAUCGACAAACCCUGGACCACCUCGAUCACGGGCUCUGCUGCGGGAGGCGACAUGACCGACAGCACGUCCGAGGAUUUCAGCAUCGAGAAGCAGAUGGAGGCGGAAGAGGGCAAUGCCAUUCAGUACCGGACUUGCACGUGGCAGAAGACUGCGGCGCUGCUCUUCUCCGAGUAUAUCUGUCUUGCUAUUAUGAGUUUCCCAUAUUCGUACGCAACACUGGGCCUCGUGCCGGGCUUGAUCCUGACCGUCGUCGUUGCCGCCAUGGUCCUCUAUACUAGCUUGAUUGUUUGGGAGUUCUGUUUACGCCAUCCCGAAGUCAAGGAUGUCUGUGAUAUUGGGCAGAUGCUGUUCUGGGGCAAGAAGUGGGCGUGGUGGUUCACCGCGAUCAUGUUCCUCCUCAAUAACACAUUCAUCCAAGGCUUCCAUUGCCUCACUGGCGCAAAAUACCUCAACACCAUGACUAAUGGUAACAGCGGCGUCUGUACCAUUGUGUUUUCUGCAAUUGUGGCCAUUGCUUCCUGGGUGUGUUCUUUGCCACGGACAUUCGAAACACUUUCGACUCUUGCGGGUUUCUCGGCUCUAUUUACAUUCAUUUCGGUUAUCCUUGCAACAAUCUUCGCUGGUAUCGAAGAUCACCCUGGAGCAGGCUGGCCAUCUUUGGGCGCACCCACAGUAUAUGCUGUUACGCCAAGUACAGUCACGUUCGUGGCUGGCAUGAACGCUUUCAUGAACAUCAGCUACACCUUCAUCGGCCAGAUCACUCUGCCAUCGUUCAUCGCAGAGAUGAAGAACCCUCGGGAUUUCCCCAAGGCACUGUGGGCUGUGACCAUCGCAGAGAUUAUUCUCUUCUCUCUGGUUGGAUCCAUCAUCUAUGCUUACACGGGCACGAAUUACAACACCUCACCAGCAUUUGGCUCGCUUGGCAACGAAGUCUACAAGAAGGUCAGCUUCAGCUUCAUGAUUCCGACAAUCAUCUUCUUGGGAGUGCUCUAUGCCUCAGUCAGCGCGCGUUUCGUCUUCUUCCGCUUGUACGCCGGCAGUCGCCAUAUGACAAGUAAUACUGUCGCGGGCUGGGCUGGAUGGGCAGCAAUCCUCGCCGUGACAUGGGUGUUCGCCUUUAUCAUCGCUGAGGUUAUCCCGUUCUUCAGCGAUCUAUUGUCUCUCAUGAGCUCGCUGUUUGAUAGCUUCUUCGGCUUCAUAUUCUGGGGCACGGCUUAUCUCAGAAUGAGACAUGCAGACUAUGGCCCAGGCUUCUGGAAAGGAAGAGGUUUCCGCGGAUGGGUUGGCUUCGUUCUCAACGUAUUCCUCAUUGCGGUCGGCUUUCUCUUCCUCAGUGCUGGCACAUAUGCGAGCGUCGAGAGUAUCAAGCAGGGAUAUGCGUCUAACAACUUCGGAGGCCCUUUCUCGUGUGCGCCCAACGGGGUAUGAGGAGAUGGUCUACAGUACAUGGCUCUCCCAGAUUUACGAGUUAUGAACACAGCAACACAUUUAUAUAUACGACGGAGUCUUCGGAACUCGACAACGAGCUAUACAAUUUGUUGUCC